GUUGGAGAGAGCAGCAGCAACCGGGAAGAAAGGGGAAUCGCAGCCCCGUCAUGGACGAGGAGGAAGAAGAGAGUUGGCUACUCUAUAACUCUUGAAUGUAAGGAGCCGAUUUCGCGUCGCUGGAUCGCACAAGGCUAAACUGAGAAGGAAGACCUCGCUGAGACGAAUGAUGCUGUCUCUCCGUGAAGUAUGCCGAGUGUUGUAGUGAAAGUCAGUAAUCCUAUGCAUGCUUACCUGCGAGUAAGCCCUAUGGGACCUACUUCUAAGUAGACAUAUAUAGGAUUGUGCUGUAAGGCUUGGAUGCUGAGAGCAGGAGUUGUUGCAUUCCAUUGGACAUCUGUUUUUCGCCAAAAGAUAUGGACGAAGAGCAGCCUUUGUCUGCUUACAAUCAGAAUCCUAAAGAAGCAGUAAGAAAACGGCAAAAUUCUAGUCAAGGUUCCCGAGGCAGUGAUUCUUCCAGAACUUCCAGAAAAAGCUUCAGACUGGAUUAUAGGUUGGAGGAAGAUGUAACAAAGUCAAAGAGAGGUAAAGAUGGAAGGUUUAUCAACCCCUGGCCAACAUGGAAAUCACCAUGUUUCCCAAAUAUUUUGAAGUGGGCUCUUACAGAAAAGGACAACAGCAAGGUCCCAUCUUCAAAGCAGGAACUUGACAGAGAGCUUCCAGUGUUAAAACCUUACUUUGUGCAAAACCCUGAACUAGCUGGAAAAACUGGAGCUGGUAUGCGAGUAACAUGGCUUGGACAUGCAUCUGUAAUGGUGGAAAUGGAUGAACUUACAUUUCUUACUGACCCUGUCUUCAGCCAGCGGGCUUCUCCAGUACAGUUUGGAGGACCUAAACGCUUUCGAGGACCUCCAUGUACAAUAGAUCAACUCCCAAAAAUAGAUGCAGUGAUGAUCAGCCACAAUCAUUAUGACCAUUUGGACUACCACACUGUAAUAAAUUUAAACAGUCGCUUUGGCAGUGACUUGAGAUGGUUUGUGCCCCUGGGUCUUUUAGACUGGAUGCAAAAAUGUGGGUGUGAAAAUGUAAUUGAACUGGACUGGUGGGGAGAAAACUGUGUUCCUGGUCAUGAUGCAGUUACAUUUGUGUUUACUCCUGCCCAACACUGGUGCAGGAGGACUGCAACAGAUGACAACAAAGUUCUCUGGGGGAGCUGGUCUGUGUUGGGGCCCUGGAAUAGGUUUUUUUUUGCAGGGGAUACUGGCUACUGUGUUGCAUUUGAGGAGAUAGGGAAGCGAUUUGGACCCUUUGAUCUUGCAGCUAUUCCCAUUGGAGCUUAUGAACCAAGGUGGUUUAUGAAAUAUCAGCAUGUGGACCCUGAAGAAGCAGUAAGGAUUCAUAUUGAUGUACAAACAAAGAAGUCUGUUGGGAUUCACUGGGGGACCUUUGCUUUAGCAAAUGAGUACUACUUGGAACCUCCGGCAAAAUUGAAUGAAGCUCUGGAUAGAUAUGGAUUGAAAACAGAUGAUUUCUUUGUUUUAAAGCAUGGAGAAUCACGAGACUUAAAUAUUAAUGAAGAUGGAUUUGAAUAAAAAUAGAAAAAUACAAUUUCUUAUGAGUUGCAUCUGGAAAAAAUUAAGGUUGAUACCUUUUUGUAAAAUUUUGAACAGGAUUUUUAAGAUUCAGGAGUUUAAUUAUCUUUGCAUAACAGUCUUGUAAAAUUGCAAGUUUUUAAUAAAUGAAUGAAAUAACAACUAGAUGGCAUUAACUUAGCUACAAAUAUCCUGUAAAUAAGCAGCUUACAUUGCCUGUGAAGUACAUCUCUUCAAAACCACUAGAACUCAUUGUCUGGCAAUUAACUACUUAGGCUAGAAUCCAGAAGACCCAGCAGGGCCUGUGCACCCAGUCCUCCUUAGCACAAGAGCCCUCACCAUAGAACUGCUAAGUGCUUUAACACUCCCCUUUCCCCAUCCCCUUAAAAAAUUGGAUUUCUAGAUUUAAAAGUGGGAAAAUAACGCUUGAAAAACAGAAGCCUUACAUUCACAUGAAGAUUUACUGCACAGAGACCAUAUCCUCAUGUCAGAGAAAUCAAAUUGUGAAUAGAAAUUGGUUUAUCUAAGCCUGCUGUAUAGGUGAGCAAAAAUUUCCCACAGCAGUGGCCUUCAGCGCAGAGACUCAUAUGCACAUUAGCUCACUGCAUACAUUGCUGUGCUUAUGGGACCCCUUCUUGCAUCAUGGGGGUGGGUGCCCAGUCAAAGUACUCCAUCCAUUCCUCCAAUCACCCGAUCAGCAGGAAUUUGGUAGGAUUAGGACAUUUUACCAUUUUAGCUUCUAUUGAAAAUUAUAUGUGUGGGUUCAUAGCUGACUACUAGAUAACAUCCUUGUACAUGAAUUAAAAGCACUUCCUUGGAAGGUCUCACUGAAAUACCUUGAAUUUUUGGUAACUAAGAUCUGAACCUUCAUUUACAUACAAUUCCCUAUCCUACAAAGAUGACACUUAAGACACUGUCUAAACCUGUGCAUCUUUACUCUGGUAUGAAGCCCACAGUAAUAAAGCUUGCACUCUAGUAUGUGUUUAGGUUAGUAUAUUUAAAGUGUAAUCCUAACUAUGACUACUCAGAAAUAAGUCUUAUUUAAUUCAGUGGGACUUAACUGCCAGCUAAAUGGGGUUAGGAUUGCUGCUUUAGUUAUUACUGUUUUAACAGAAGAAAAGAUAACUGGGGCUUGCAUCAUUUUUGAAUUAGGUUGUAAUCUGAAGAACCAGCCAGUCUUAAAUAGAAUACUCCAGUUGAAAAUACACUACCCUGCUAGAACCAACACAGUAGUCACACUAAAAUGUGUUUGAGUAUUGCAGCAUAGUGUGAAUCGUCUCAGCCCGUUAUCUCCCUUGAGCAGAUUAAUCACUCUGAGGGUUUGCCCUGUGCCUUCAUAGCUUUUGAAAUUAUAGAUUUGUUGGAGUCUCCCAACACAAUUAGGGCUAAAACACAUUUUACUGAAUGCUUGUACAUUUUCAUUUGCAAACGUAAGAGCCAAGUUUUAAAAUUAUAUAAUGAAAUGUGCCUUUUAAGAGUUCUAACUACUAAAAAAAUUCCUGUUUCUGUUGCUGCUGACCAAUCCCUGUACAUUUUGCAUUGUGCUGUCACUGUAAAAUUGUUCUGCCAUAGGCCUGAAUACUAAUAGUAUUUGAGAAUAAGCAAAUUGUUUUAUAUAACUGAAACCAUCCAUUUGUUCUCUGAAAUCUCCUUAGCUUAUUUUUUGUUUUUGUUCCUUGCUGUUAACUGAGUUCCUAAAUGAAUUGUCAGAAUUAUGUGAAAAACAGAUUGAUUAUAAAAGUGAAAAAGCAUGAUACAAACUUGUUCAGCAUUGUAUAAACAUGGCCAAACAUACUUGUGUUAAACUACUAAAACUAAUCUACAAAAUAAAAGAUU